CCGCCGCCCCCUCAGCUCGCAGGGAGCAGUGGGGAAAACAAACAGGUCGAACGGAGAAAGAUUGGUAGCCGGUUGGAUGUAGAGGUUGUUCAGCGGCGAAUGAAGCGUUGUCUCGCUGUCGGCUUUUGUCCGGUGCUUAUUCAAAGUUGUCCUGCGGUGUUCGGUACUUGUGAGUGCGGUGCGUUCAGGACCCUGUUUGGAGGAUUCGCCUUCCGAGUAUGUUGCCGCUUUCUAACAUUUUAUCAGGGCUGUUGGAGCGCGUAGUCUACCCGCUGCGGUUUUGUGUUUUUCUCGACGUUGUUUACCGGUUAUAAUUCGACGUUUAAUGGUUUAAUUCACCGGUUGGCCGCCCCUGAAUUCAGCGAGACACUUUUAGACAUGCAUACGAGGCGUUUGGUGAAGCGGUCGAUCCUCGGCAGCCGCGUUUAUGCGCCGAGUCCGACGGGGGACGGUGCCCCGGUGACAGGAGUGGUCCAGGCUGUCAAGCAGGAAAACAGAGACGUCUCGGCCGUAGGAGCCCGGCGCAGCGUCUACACUGUGCUCAUGCAAGACGGGAGCCUCAAGGAGUUUUCCGAGGAGGAGAUAGCCACGGGGUCCAGCCACACUGCAGCCAAAGGACCGCUCAAGUCCAGCUUGAAGCAGAGCUCCAGUAACGGAGCUCCAGAGAGCCAUAAGGUGGAAGGCGGCUCCCUCAGCCCAGAGGCAGUGGAGGAGCAGCGGGUGGCGGACGGCAAGCGCCUUGGCUGGGACCCUGACACCAGAUCAGUGUCCCUGCUAGAGCAGAAACGCAAGGUGGUCUCCUCCAGCAUCGAUGUCCCUCACGCCAGACGGUCAGAAGAGGAAGUUGACAUGGACAAGGUGACGGCUGCCAUGGUGCUGACGAGUCUCUCCACCAGUCCUCUGGUCAGGAGUCCACCCGUCAAAGUCAACGAAGGUCUGAGUGGUUCAUGGAAGGACAACGGCUCAUCUGGCCCCUUCACCCCAUCUAGCAACAGCUCCUCAGGGGGCUACUGGAGCUGGUCUGCCCCCAGUGACCAGUCCAACCCAUCUACACCUUCUCCACCGCUCUCGGCCGACAGCUUCAAGCCCUUCCGUGUGCCCAGUCUGGGCGGUGUGGGACCAGGCCCUGCAGGACCAGAGGACCCCAGCCUGGAUGAGCAGGACGGCAGCAGCCUGCUCUUCGAUGAGCCCAUCCCUCGCAAGCGCAAGAACUCCAUGAAGGUGAUGUUCAAGUGCCUGUGGAAGAACUGUGGCAAGGUGCUGAGUACCGCUGCUGGCAUUCAGAGACACAUCCGCACCAUCCACCUGGGGCGUAACUGCGACUCGGACUGCAGUGACGGCGAGGAGGACUUCUACUACACGGAGAUCAAGCUCAACACGGAUUCCGUGGCCGACGGGUUGAGCAGCCUGUCCCCUGUGUCCCCGUCCGUCCUCUCUCCCCCUCCUCCUCCCCCCUCUCCUCUCCCGUCUCUCAGCCAGCUGGCGGACUCCCACAGACCUCCGCAGUCCUCUGACACCAAGGAGCCUCACGCUGGCGGCACCACCCCACUCAGCCGCUCUGCGCCCAGCGCACUCUACCUCAUCCACACGGACCACGCCUACCAGGCCACGGCUCCAGUGUCCAUCCCGUCCAGCAGCAGUAACUCGACCGGCCCCGCCUCCACCAGCUUCACUCCCACCAACAGCUCCAGCUUUAGCAUCUCCUGGCAGUCGCCGCCUGUCACCUUCACUGGGACCACAGUGUCCCCCAGUAAAAGCCAGGGCUUCGGGGAACAGCGCUCCCAGACCAUCGCCGUCCUCUCGUCCCCUCCCAGAGCCACCACUGCCCUCAGUCGGAAGGUGCGCGGUGAAGGGAAGAAGUGCCGUAAGGUGUACGGGAUGGAGAACCGCGACAUGUGGUGCACUGCCUGCCGCUGGAAAAAAGCCUGCCAGAGAUUCACCGACUGAGCAUCGCCCCCACCAACUUCACAGUGCGCCACGCCAAUGGGCACUGCUGCCUUUCGCCAGAGAAAGGGGGGAGGGGCGUCAUUUUGCAUGCAUUUGGUUUUCUUCAACUCAAAAUCGCAACUGUCCGUCAAGCUCUGGCUCCGCCCCUGUCGUCACCCCUCCCUCUCCUCAGCUCCACUGAACCAUUCCAGCUGUGGAAGGAACCAAAGGACAGCGGAGUCACCUUUUAAAUUGCCGUCCAGGAUUCCCAGUACUGCCUCACCAUUCCCACCAUUCCCAGUUUUGGGAAACCCCAGUGCAGCUAAACAGUGUAAAGAAAAAAUAGAUCUAAAUAUUUCUCCUGUUUUUUUAUGUUGGGUUCAGUGUUGCAUCUUUCUAUGUUUUUUAAAGCUCUGGUUUUUAAAUGGAAAGUCUAGUCAAAGAAGGGGUCCGGAAAAAAGGCCAAAAGCUUUUUUUGUGUGUUUUGUCAAAAGAGAAAAAAAACCUUCACUUUUUUAUCCAAAAGAAGAACGGGCCUCUUUGCUGCAGUUUCUGAAGAACGUUAUGAGAAAAGCACGGAGGUAAUGCUCGCAGUUUUUGUUCUUCCUUCAACGUGUCCAUCUCUUGUUUUAUUUCUGGAUGUUUUGAGGUGAUCUUUUUUCACCGACAUCACAGCCUCUCCCGGCUCCUCACCUGUUCUUCACUCCUGACAGCCCCGAGGGAAUGUACGGCGGCACCGGAGAGGGCAGGUAGAGAGAAAGUGAGGAAAAGAGACACACAAGGUGAAUGAUCAAUGCAAAAAAGAUACAAUUUGCAGUCAGGGAAAGCAGAUGGACCAUGCCGGUGAUUUACCACAUGAAAAAAGCAGCAUACACACAGAGGAAUUACCACACAAUCAAAGCAGAAGACAGGAACUGUUUUCUAUGUCACUUUUUUACCCAGCUGAUUCAUUUUCUUUGUUUUAUCAGGGAUGUGAUUCUAAAGAAAGCAAAAACCAGCAGCUAAAACUUGGGGUUAUAUACUGUAUACUGCACAGUCUCAAUAGCUUCUCUCUUUCAUGACACAUGACAACUUUGCAACCAAAAACUUCUUUAUCUUAUUCUUUAUGUUUUUGGUUUUUGCUAAGGUGCCAUGUUUACUGUUGUUGAUGUAGAAUUUUUUUUUCUCUCUCUUUCGGUGAAACCAAGACUGUUUACCUGCUAAAGAAAGUGUGUUAAAAGACCUUCCUGACAGCACUGGAAGCGUGAAGUCGGCAGCGUGUGAGGCCAUAAAAUGAUAAACAUCUCUGACCACAUACAGAGAGACAGAUUGCCCUCCUCCUCAACUAACUUUUACACCUUCCCAAAGGAAACAAAAUAUCUUUAUGUUUACGUACGCCACAUGGGCGCAUCUUGAUGAUCUGUUGAAAAGGAGGAGGGCUGAAAACUUAAAGCACUUUUGUGGUUUCUUCUAUUGAGUUGAAAAUGUUCCUAUCUUCGACUGGCCCUUUUCAUUUCCAAUUUAUUAUAAAAGGAAGCAAGAGCAAAGUUAAUAUUCCCCUAUUGAACCUUCAUUUGCUCCACGAGUUUUGGUAGAAUAAGGUCUAAGCACUUGAUUAGGUCACUCCUUCGUUGUUUAAUGUGCACUGCACACUUUAUACACUUGGCGACAUGCAAGCAAAGCUUAAGUCCUCGUGUCUGUCACGUAACCUUGUUACUGCUGAGGUAAAAAUAUCUGAUUUGUCAUUUGAAUGUGUUCAUUUGAAUUCCAGCCUCCCUGUCGGCUCAAAGGCAGGAAACAAAAUCACAAAGGCCAAAUGGUUUACAGAUGUUCACUCUGUAUGAUAAAUGGACCAACUCUUUGUCACCCGGGGCUGCGCUCCACUUUAUUAUAGCGUACUGAUAUUGAUAGAAGUGUCCUGCAAAUGUUUCUACCAACAGGCACGUUGUGAUUCUGUUUCUGCAUUUACUCUCUGCGUUAUAUGAAAUUUGCUUGAAUGCACGCUGAAAUCUUUGUUGGCAUUUCACACAGGAUUAGUAUUUUACCCUGGAAUUAUUCAAAACCAACACCAGCUUAUAAACUCACACGCUCAGCCAUUUAAAACACAGUACAGUACUUCUGCACCUGAAAAUUGUAGCUCUGUUAUGUUUGCUCAGCUGUUUCUGUCGAUAUCUAUUUUUUUUUUGUGUCUGUUUAUGUAUAUAUGUAAUUUGUGUACUUUUGCUAAGCUCCAUGUUUAUGGCCAAUUACCUCGGUCAUUACGUUUGCCACCUUUGAACAAGACAGGUUCAUGUACGACAUUGGGUGAGGAAAUAAUGUACCGGUCAACCUGUCGGGCUACUGUUGUUUUGAAUAUAGGGAUAGCCUUAAAGUCACUCUUUAAAAAAAUCUUUGUGCUUCUUAUAUGUCAUUACAUCGAUGUUUCAGUAAGAAAUAUUUAGAUUAUCUCCAAACUGAUUUGCCAUUGUAUUAUGUGAACGCAUUAUUGUUUAAGAAAAGACAAAUCUAUAUAUACGUAAAAAAACAUGUUGGAGUUUAAAUUCAGAGCAAAAAAAAGACAUUGAUUUGGCUGUUUUUAUUUUUUUCAUAUAUAUAUGAAUAUAUACUGUAUAUGGAUUUUGUUUUCAUGUUCUGCUGAAGGAUUUUUUUGUGGCUAACUGCAGGAGGGAGCCCAGGCAUAAUUCUCACAGCAAGCAAAGCUUGUUAUGCUCUUUUCAGUGAGUGUGACCCGCACGCUCCCGCCUGGAGCUCCUUCACGUCACGCUCCCCACUGCCGGCGCUGCUAAGCGGUCGAAAUCCACAGUUGAUUAAAACCUUUAUCUUUUUCCAGUUCUCGUCUCGUGGUGCCGCGCAGGCCCACUUGCAAUUAGUUUGAUUGACAUCUCGGUGUGUUUGCGCUCAUGUGUGCGGUCACACGCUUCUAAGUAUGAACGUGAAGGAGCCCCGGGCAAAGUGUGCAGGCGGCCACUGAAGCACGGUGCUCUGCCCCCCCCUCCCUCCCUCCAGGCGUUACUCCCCCUCCUCCAAAGGAGUUACACACCUCUGUCAAAUGGCCUGUGGCGUUUCCCUUUCAGGCUCCUGACAAACGACACUUUGGGGUUUGAGGAUGUUUUUGUUGGUCCAGACGUCAGUGUUUGGAUGUGGCUGAUGUUUUUAUUAACUCCAUGCACUUCCCACUGCCCUUUCUCCAUCAUUGUGGUGCUUCAUGUUUGUGUGCAGACGCUCUCCUCCAUUGGUGUGUGGAAAAAUCUGGCAGCCAAUCAGAUUCUGUCCAGGAACAAGUCCCUGCAGUAGUUCAGAUCAUUCAGAGGUUCUGGCAAGACUGGAUAUUUGAAUGGCAGCAUCUCCAGGCAGCUAAUUUUAAAAGAAGCUCUCUCCUGAUGCUGAUUAAGGUCAGCAUUGUGUCGACCAAAUGGCUAGUAGUAAGAUUUGGCCAAAAUAAGCUAAUUUCACCCUGGUUUAGGGAAGUUCUCAAAUUGAUAUUUGCUGCCAUAUUUCUCAAACCCAUCCAUCUCCUUAGUGAGGAACUCUGGGAUUUGUUUGUGGACUGUGGCCUGGCCUGCAUCGUUGUACUGAGAACAUCUUGGUCCCAUUCACCGCCAAUGGCACAAAGAUGGCCUUAGCAUUAAGGGGCUUUUUUUAAAACCGCCCAGCCCAGGUCUGUCUUCGCAUACUGUGCACACUGGUGCUGUGGCCUCUCUCGGGGGAGAAAUGGAGGUGCUAUAUUCCCAUGCAGUGCUGUUGUCCUCUGAUAUUUACUCCAUUUUGUACACAAUGUUAUGCUGUAGAACAUGAAAAUAAAAACACCCUGCCUCAAGCCUA